AUGUGGAUUGGUUUCUCAACAAGAACCAUAAAACCCGUUUCGCUGCUACUAUUGUAGCACUAGCCGCAAGAUGUACUCUUGCUAUUACUAGUGCACUGUGGUAUGCUCAAUUGUGCAGCAUCGCCGGUGCAGUGGACCGGGACGGUGCCCGCCAGCUUCGGAACGACGCCAGUCCUAAAAGCCACGAAGCUUGUAGCUCCCUAUCAAUAAUCUGUCGUGCCAAUUAGUCAUGCUUAGUGGAAGUAGCAAAUCAGGGACACUAGCAGCUACUGCUGCCGCGAAUGCUGCUACUGCCGGCGCUACUUCAGCUGCUGAGAAACGAGUGGCCGACAUGUCAUUGGGUGCCCUGAGUUAUUUAGGCAACUUGUCAUCGCAAGGAGUGAGUGUGACACGCGCUGACUGUCAACCAGGACUGUCAUCACAAGAUAUUCAAGCGUGGGAAAAGGAGCACGGAAUACAUCUACCGCCUGCGCUCGCUGCAUUCUACCGAAGUGCAGACGGGCUGGACAUUCGAUGGCAGGCACUGAUCUUCAAAGAACGACAAGACGUUGGCCACGUGUGCAUACCACCGCUAUCACAGAUCACACCAAUGCACCGACCUCCCAGGCCUGCCGGGAAAUCACCACCUGCAUCACCCCAGUCGCACAGUGGAAACACUACUGAUACCAGUUUUGAGACAUCCUACGGGCACAGGCAUGAUCCAUCGGCUACAGCUAUACAACAGGACCAGGAUUUAGCGGAUAAUUGCGCCGAGUCAUCGGCACAUCCACAAAUGUCUUAUCAGGAGGAAGAAGAAGGCACGUUGGCAAGAAGAUUCCUGCCUGGAGAGUGGUCACUGCGUGGCUUAGCCCUACGUUGUUGUCUGGCUUCCGGGGAGCAGUCCUGGGUCGAUCAACAUAUGCCCCGGGAAUGCCUGCAACGGCCGUGUCAGAAGAGAAUUGAUGGCAUUGUACGGCACCUGCUGAAAGACGUCACUCCGCAGCAGUUGGCGGCAACCAAGUUGGCAACAACCAGGAAGAGCCAUCGUCACUACUUGGCAGAUGAUGCCAUGGCCACCACCGGACACGCCAGUCUGCAAUGGCUUGUCCUGGAUGAGAUCAAUCGUCUUGGUCAUGUGAUCAUCGACUGUUGCCUGGUUACCAGUAGCUGGCAGACUAACUCAAUCCGCGGUUCAGUAUGGUUGGUUGAGAUGAAUGGGAACAUGCACCGCAUUGCCACAUCCUUCCACCACUACUACCGUCUGCUCAUGGCUCAUCUUGGCGUGCAAGACUGGCAGCUGCUGCUGACAUCACUACAGCCACCAUCACAGGCCAUGUUCUACUUCAAGCUGUUCAUUCCCAAUCGGCUAAGACUGGACCAGGAAGGCAAUGGCAGUGAGAGCAAUGGUGCAGUUGCCGAUGGGCAGAAUGAGAAGCGUUCGUCAUCACGCCGACACCGCCGCGCAGAGAGGCAUUGCAUAGACCCGGCGGUGUUUGCCCGCACCCCAGCAGCAGCAGCGGCGGCAGACAAGCGGAAAGUCAGAAGCCGGAAACGGUCGUCAGCGACAACUCAACUUGCUCCCGCUGCAUCAACUGCUGGAAGGGUGCCAACUCCACGUGCAAGUCUCGCCACAGAGCCAGAAUUCGGCACCGGCAGAAGAACCAAACUACCGCCAAUCUGACAGUCUCGACUAGUACCUUGUUGUUACUCUACACUGCAUGCGUAUACUACCGGUAUACAUAUGUACAGUUACCAUGACUACCGAUCUGACACUCGCCGCUGCUGCUAUUGUCUCGUUGCCACACAUUACAGCGAAGACUUUGAUUGCCAUUGAGUGCACUUCAAGUGUGAAUUUGAGUUUCGACGAUUUUUUUAAACCUGUUUGUUGAGAUUCGAAGACAGUUUUUUAUUCUCUAUAUUCCACCAAAUGUUUCUAUCCGUACGUGUUAUUCAUCGCACUA